AUGAAGACAGAGAAGGAUGAGGCUGUGCCCACCUUCCCCCUGGGGGGUAAAUAUACCAGAGAGGGGGCAGGUGAGUCCCUUGUGCCUUGGGGAGAGGCUGGUUGCAGCGAGGUGGCUCUGCCCAUGCUGAAGGCUGCAGGGACCCCAGCCCAGGAGCUGCGCCUGCUGAAGCGCAGACCUGUCCCAGGGAAGCAUUACCAGUGCUCAAGCUACGGCUGCAAACUGGCCUUUCCCAGCAUGCAGGAGCUGAUGGACCACCUGAAGGUUCACUACAGACCCACGCAGUCCCUCGAGGGCAAAACCUUCCAGUGCCCCACGCUGGGCUGCACAGAGACCUUCCCCAGCAUGCAGGACCUCAUGGCCCACAUGAAGGUGCACUACAAGCCAAACCGCUACUUCAAAUGUGAGAACUGCCUGCUGCGCUUCCGGACACACCGCUCUCUCUUCAAACACCUUCACGUCUGCUCUGACAGCACCACCAACCCCCCUCACCCUCCCCGAGCUGACAGACCCUCUUUACCUGCUACCUCCUCCUCCACCCUGGAAAAAGAAACCCCGGUCAAACCACCUGAAGGGCUUCCCAAGCUUCCUAACAUGAUCCGACCCCAGGAGACCGAAGCCGCCCUGCCCGACCUGCCGGGCUCCCUGCUCUCCCCCACCUCCCACCCCUUCCCGCUGCUGGAACCCAACCUUUUCGGCCCACCAUCCUUGAGUCGGUUCUCAGGACCACCCCCUUCCUCAGUGCCGGGCUCUUUCCUCUCCUACGUGCCCCCCACGGCCCUGGGGCUGGCCCAGCCCCCUGCCCAGCAUCGCCCCCGGCCCUGCCUGCCCGGCCCUCCCGGCUCCAACGCCGUCUGGAAGAAAAGCCAAGAUUUCGGGGUGGGCCUCAGCUCCUUCCACACCAAACUGCCCCCGGAGAUGGAGAAUUCCCUCUACUCCCAGCUCUGA